UAUCACUACUCCCCGACUGAUACCCCUCGACAAUCGACAUCGAAUUCGGAAUUUCUCAUGCAGUAAUCGGCGUUGUAUGUCAUCGUGUUUUCAAAACAGCAAAGUGAUGAGCUGCUGAGCAAAUUGUUUCGCUUACCGGUUAAAAAUGUUUAGACGGGUCUGUGGAUCUAUGCUAUCUGGAGGUAUUCGUCUUAUUCAGUCUCAAGCAAAAAAUGUUCCAUGUAAAACUUCUGGGUUUAAUCUAUUAAACUCUUUAGAUAAGAGUUCUUACUUGUUGGAAAAAAGUAGAUGUUAUUCAUCUGUUUUAUCAUCUAAUUGGAAAUCAACUGAAAGAAUAUUGCAUAAGAAUAAUUCUUUUGUUGAAUCUAAAAUAAUAUGUGAUAGCAACACUCAACAAAACAGGAGUCUAACAAAAUUUUCCUUAAAAAAGGGAAAAAGGAAAACAGUUAAAACAGUUGUUGAUCGUUUUUAUCGUUUGGGAUGGGGUAUAUGGAUCCGUACAAAAUGUGGACGACAAAAGAAAUUGUGGAAAAAACCAGCCAAUAGAAAACGAAGAUUAAGGCAACAUGUAUUUUGUAAUGCCAAACAAUCUACACUUUUAGAUAAAAUGACAACUAAAUAUUGGAAGAAAAGAAGGUAUUAUCCAGAUGAUCCAUAUGAACCGUAUCAUAGUAGGGAAGAAUUUCCAUUCACCCGGAAAACUCCAUUGUCUUAGAAUAAAACAAUUUUAAUAAUAUUUUUAAAAAGUUUGUUUAAAUAUAGAAUACAAAAUUAAAAACAUAAUAUUUAUA